AUGGACACCGCUCGUUCCUUAGGGUUUUUGCACGCGGCCCAGCGAGGCGCGGGUCCUGCGCUCACAGACUCCAUUCGGAGUACCGCCUCCGAUGCCCUAGCUAAGGGUAAGGUGGUGUUGGGUUUGGGGAACAGUGAAGGGUGUUUCUCCCAACUCGCGGCCAAGAGCCGCGGGCUCUCCUGCUUUCAGGGGCUCGCGGGUCGUGACCUGGCCGCGGCCCCAGCAGAUGGAGCGAGCGCAGCCCACGCACAUUCCGGCUCCGUGCAACGUGCCGCCACUGCCACUGUGGCGCGCACGCCAAGCCGGAGGAACAAGGGCCCAGCCCCCGCUAGGAGUUCUCCAGUCAAAGAAGCGGAAUUCCUUGCGGGCGGGCCAUACAUUCAGGCCGCCCAAACGCUGCUUGGUUCCGGAGCAGCAGAGGAUGUGAUCUACAUCCGGGCUUACAGCUUAGAUUGCCCAUCCUGCAUCGAGGCAAUCGAAGCGUCGCUUGGCAAGGGCGCAAGCGUUCGGAUUGUCGCCGACAUGGGACAAUGCCACCGCACCAAGCUUCAGUGGCAAGCGUUGAAACGCUUGGCGGCCGCAGGUGCCGAGGUGAAGGUGGGUUGCGGCACAUCCUUGCGCGACGCCUAUGCUCGCGACGGCCGCGGGGCUAAGGUAGGCACCGGGAUUCAAGGGCUGCACCAUGCCAAGGCCCUUUGCCUACUGCGGCCUGACGGCGCGGUGGUGCUGAUUGGGAGCCUCAAUUUUACCACAAGCAGCAAGGCCAAUGCGGAAGCAGGGCUUAAGCUUGAGGUCCCCAAGACGCACCCUGUCGCGCAGUCCUACGUCGAGGAUUUCCAGAGGGUGUCGGCUGAGGCAUUCUCCCUCGAUGAGGCGGUUGCGAAGCGCCCUCAGUUGGAGCGAGCCAGUAGCUCCAACGUUGCUGGCAACGCCACUCGUGCCCCCAACACUGCUCCACAGGGUAUCGAGUAG